UAUAAAAUGAACACAAUUUUUGUUGCAUCAACAUAACCAACCACCAAAACUUACAAAUAAUCUUGCAACUUUGAGUUACACUAAAUUCAAAGAGAAACCAAGAGAUGGAAUCAGAUUUAUGCCCAUCUGGAAAACUUAGCUGGCCAGAGCUGAACGGGAUGAAGGGAGAAGAAGCAGCAAAAAUCAUUAAGGAAGAAAACCCUCGUGUUAAUCCCAUUGUUUGGGAUAAACCUUGGAUCCCACUCAACUACGACUGCUACCGUGUCUUUGUCAUUGUUGAUUCUGAUGCAUGGAAUCGUCAUUCGUCCUCCAAUGGCCGGUUAAGCAAGCCAAGUAAUAAAUGCGUACACAUAAAAUUGAAGUACGGAGUAAUGGAUAAAUAUGUGUACCAGUAUGUGUUAAGCCUAGCUAUUCGCAUAAUGUAGUGACUAGCUAGUGCGAUUAUGUAAUGUUUAAUUUAAAAUAAAAAGAGUAAUAACAUUUAUGUUUUUGCUCUAUAUAUGUUGAA